GCUAUCAUGAUUAUGUUUAAUAAUCUUGGUUUUAUAAAACAAUGGAAUAUAUGUCAAUCUAAAUUAGCAUGUUUUAUAUUAACAAUAAAGAAUAGUUAUCGUCAACCAACAUAUCAUAAUUGGACACAUGCAUUUACAGUUGGACAUAUGGCUUAUCUAAUAUUAACUAUUGAAAGAGCAUUAAUUCAUCAAUAUUUAGAUGAAAUGGAACAAUUAGCAUUAUUUAUUGGAGCAUUAUGUCAUGAUAUUGAUCAUCGAGGAUUUAAUAAUCAUUAUCAA